AUGACGUUCGCCAGUUUGAAAGAUAUAUUCCAUGAGAUUGCUGUUAGUUACCAGUGGAAUUCUAAUUUUGAUACCAUUCAAGGUAGAAAGCUAUGGGAGCAUACACGACUCUCUAGCGUGGAAAGAAGUGAUUUUUUCCAUGGUAUUCCACACAACUUCCUAGCUGUACGCGAAGGGAAAGCACAUCGCACUCAUGGAGACCUUGGCCUUCAAGCGCGACAACGUAAUGCUUGGCAACUUUCCAGAGGACGUGGUUGA